AUGUCAGUGACGUCCGCUCCCACGUUGGAUGUCGUCGUGACGAUCAGAGAGACGUGGCAAUGUCAGACUGCAGGCCGCCGCCUGGCCGACGUGGUGCUGGCGGUUGACGUUACCGGGUCGGAUGACGGCGGAGAGGAACAGAAGCUAAGGGGGGAAUUCGGGGAUGACGGCGUGCUGUUGGAGCGACUGGACGCUGAAAACACCGACCCCUGCGUCCUGACAGUGAGCUGCGGCCGCGCCGCCGUCGGCCGCCUGAUGAUCGUCAGCGAGGCCCGGACCAUGGAGGUGUACCUCCCCUCUGGGGAAUACUGUGCGACGGUCCGGGGUGAGAAGCAGGAGCACAUCCAGCAAGGCGACAGAGGACCAUUCUACAGAAAGCAGCUCAGCCUGGACGCCGCGCCGUCGUCCUGCGACGUUAAGCUGCUCUCUCUUUCGAGCGGAAGCAGCGUAAUGGUGCGUACCCUAGUGGUAGGACUGCGGCCGGCGGCACCAAGCCGUCCUGAAGAAAGCGCCAUCGACUUGCAGCGCGUCCAAAGUCUAGUGGACGAGAUUGGCGCCGGCCUCUCACCGGGGGCUCGGAACCUCAUGGACAUGGUGCGACUCCAGCAGAAGAACCAGAACAGCUUCCUGCCUCUCCUGAUGGGUGGGGGGUUCUUGUCGGCGUUGGCCCGGGCACCGAAUGUCGGGAGCGCCUUUGCCGCGCAGCCCGAAUCGGACUCCGUAGCGCCCGGAAACCGGGCGGCUUCAGCAGAGAUGCUGUGCGACUUCCUGAAGGGCCGACGGGACGGCGUGGGCUCCGCUCCCCCUGAGGUGCUGAGGGAGCUCUGCGGUCAGGUGACGCGGCUCCGACUGGACCGGGAAACGAUGCCUCCCAUUGCCGCCACGGCGUCUAUGGAGCGCCGCCUAGAGGAGAUGGAGCGCCGUCUGAAGGAGCACAUGGACCGCCGCCUGGACGCGCUGGAACUCAAACUGGAGAGAGCGCUACUCGCCAUCCUCCCGCAGGGGGCGUCCUCGGGCCUCCCGCCCGAGGAACCUGCGAACGGUAACCGGACGAGAGAAGCGGCAUCGCUCUGA